AUGGAUGGUUCAAUUCCUUAUAUUCAGGCUAUGUCCAAUUUCGAUUCAGUUUACAAUGCUUCACCUAAUCUUGUCCGUCCUUCUACUAUGUAUAUGCCCAUGUCUUCACCCAUUUCAUCACCAUAUCGAAAUCGACCUAUAUCUCCUUCUUUAACAUCAUCAAAUCCAAUAUUUAAUCUUGAUUUGUAUAAUCCUAAUGAUUAUCAUUCUGAAUCUAUUGAUUAUCCAUCACCUUCAUCUUCUGUGAUAAUUCAUCAUUAUCCUCCUCCUGUAUAUUCUCCUCCUCCUCCUCCUCCUCCUUCACAAUCGAUAUCAAAAUUACGUCAAAUUAAUGAUGAAUUGUCUUAUACUCUUGCACAAUGUGAAUUAACCAAUCGAUCUCAACCAUCACCAAGACAUCAUUAUAUUCAUCAUUAUCCAAUAUCACAUGAAACCUAUCGUUCACGUUCUCCAAGUGAACAAACUUUACCAUCGUCAUCAUCAUCAUCAAUAGAAGAAUUCGAACCAAUAAAAAAAAAACAUAAUGCUCGAAUAACAUACAAAGCUCAUAUUCCACGGCGACAAAAAUCAUUAUCUAAUUUAGAUCAAGUUCUUAUUUCAACUUCGGAUGCAUAUUCAUAUAAUGAUCCCAUGACAAUUGAUCUCUAUCCAACACGUGAUCAAGGUUUUGUUAAAAAUAUUCGAAAUCGUCCUAAUAAUCAAAGUCCAUGGCCUGCUGAUGUUUCACCAAUUCGACGAAAUUCUUUUUCACAAGCAAGUACUUAUCGUACACCUCGAGCACCAUAUUAUGGUAAUAAACCAAUACAACCAAAAAGUCGAUUAGCUAGUGGCAAAGAAGAACGUCCACGAUCAUCAUCCGUAAAUUUUCGUAUACGUCCUGAUAGUGCUCCAAUUCCACUUCGUCAAUCUGAUAUUUAUUUUUCCAGUACUGCACCUACAUGGCGACCAAAUGGUUCAAUUAAACGUCCUAAAUUUAUUGGUUCUCAUGCUCCACCUUCAAAACUAAAACCACCACCACAUGAACCUCCUUGGCAUCCGGCGAGCGUUGCAAAUAAAACAAAACCUAUUCGUGCUUUUGAUCCUACUAGUAAACCACGAGCUAAAACACCUGAACCUGUUUGGCAGCCAUCAUCUAAAUCUGUAACUGACAAACCUAUGAAAUAUUUUGAACCAACUAGUAAACCACCACCACCUAAACCACAUGAAUCUGUUUGGCGUCCAUCAUCUAAAUCUUCAACUGACAAACCUCCGAAAUAUUUUGAACCAACUAUUAAACCUGAAUUAAUUGCAUCAAUUAACAGAGAAAGAGCACCUGUAUUACCAAAUAAAAAAAUAAAAACUCAUAAGAAAAUACCUAGUGCUGAUCGAGCAUUAAAAAGACGUGUCGCUAAAGCUGAAAGUAAAGUUAAAUCUGCAUGGGAUGGUACAACACCUAUUAAAGAACCUAAACCACCUAUUCCACGUCCUGUUAAAAAAACCACAACAACAACAACUGUACCACGAAAAAUACAAGCUAAAGCUGUUCCAUCACAAUCUGUUGUACCUGAUAAAAAAAUUGUUCCUGAACCUCUAACAGCUACAGAUACUGGUCGAAGUUCAUUGAAUAAUAUUCCAAGAAAACCAAUGUUUCAAUCGACACCAAAAAAUCAAAGUAUUGCUGAUGAUGAUGAAGCUAGUGUUGAGAAUCUAUUCGAAAAUGAAUCACAAAUAUCAGAAAGUUCGAAAAAACAAGUAAUACCUCAUCCACCUCCUCAAAUAGAAAAAACACCAACUAAACUUCCUAAUACAAUUAUACCAGAAUCAGGUGGAAAAACACAAUCAGUUAUUAAAAAUGAUGUAUUAGUACAUGGAGAUGAUGCAGAUAGUAUUCGUGAUGUUGAUAAUCAUACACCUUCACCUCGUUUUGAGAUUAACAAUAAUGAUAAUGAAGAAGAUGCAUUAAAUAAUCAUAGUUUGCAAUCAUCACCAAUUCCUCCUAAACAUAAAGCAUCUACACCUAAACCAGGUAAUAGAGAUGAUGUAUCAGUUGUCGAUGAUGAAGAUGCUAUUUUACCUCAUGAAAGUGAUAACGAUGAUACCAAUGAAAAUGUUGACAGAAGUCUUGUCAUGAAUAAAUCACUUGAUAAUGCAUCAGAAGCCACGAAGAAUGUUUCAAAGAAAGAUAACAUUGUUUCUCCUUUAGCAAGUCCUCGAACACCUCCAAAAGCUAAUAUUAAAACACCACCUCGUCGAAAAGAAUCAUCACCAUCACCACCCUCUGAAAAUCUUGAUGAGAGUUCACAUCAAUCUCCAAUUAGUUCAAAGAAGAAUGCUCGUGAAUUACCAAGUACUCGUUCACCACCACCACCAGCAGCAACUGAUGACGUUGAUGGUUUUUUUGAUUAA